AAAUUUUUUUACAUAGUUACCUGCUUGACAACAUAAAAUAUGUGACUCUUAGACAGAAAUAAAGGCAAAAAUAUAUUGAGAGAAAAACUAUUUUAUCUGUUGAUGAAUGGCAACUUUAAGAAACACUCCAAGCUCAAUUUUAAGUAGAACAUCUAGUCGCCAAUUAUCUCAUCAGUCUUCUAGAUCAAAUAUAUUUGGAAGAAUAUCCAGCAAGAGAAGUGUUUUGUUUGAUGCUGAAGGUGCAGUAACUGUAGAAAAAGCAGUUCCAAAAAAAUCAAAUGUUAAGGUUUAUGAUGAAUUCGGUGUAGAUGUUACACCGAAAAGUUUACUUGCAUCAUACUCAAAUGGAUCGAAUGAGAGCAAAACAAAUUUAAAUGAUUCACUUUCUGGUGCAGCUCCCGGUGAUAUUUUUAAUCAGUCAAUGUUUUCUGCUAGUGUUGCAAGAUCUAACUUUGCUGCUGGAUUCUCAAAAUCGAUACUGAGCUCAAUGGUUGGUGGCAGCUCUCAAAUAUCUUUAGACUCUGUGGCAGACGAUAUUAACUAUGCCAAUACUUCAAAUUUUAAUGGUUUACAGGAUUUCCAAAACAAAAAUGAUGAUAGCAUACAGGAAGAAAAAAAGGAAAUAUUGAGUGAUUCUGAUAUUAAAAAAAUGGUAGCAGUUACUUUAGAAGAAACUGAAACUAUAUGGCAUUUAGAUAUCCCUGGUGUUGCUGUACCUUCGGAAGAAUCAGCUAAUCUCAAAAAUCGGAUUGAACUUUAUGACCAGCUAUGCAAAAAUCGAGCUGGCAACGAUAUGUAUGUUGAGCGGGGUAUGCAGACAUAUAAUGAUGCUUGUAAAACCAAAGAAACACAGACAUUUUCUAUUCUUUUUAAGGAGCAAUCUUGCCAAGUAACAGGAUGGGAAAUCUAUGACUUAUAUAAAGGUUUAGCUACUCCUUUAAACGAAGAUAAUGAUGAUGAUGAUAUCUUUGGAAGUACAUUAAAAACACAGAAUGCUACCGAACCUCAAACUAGCAUUAUUGAUCCAGGAGUUUUAGCUACCCAAAUAUCAAAAUCUGCAUCAAUCUUAAGUGAGAGCACUGCAACACUUGACUCAUGUGUCGUAUCACAAGUAGAAACCCAAGAGAGUUUUACAUCAGAAAAAACUGCUAUGACAUCAAAACAAAUAGAUGAUGAAAUGAUAACAUUAAUAAAGAAUGGUCAAAUUAAAGAAAGCUUGUUUUUCAUGGAGAGAGUGAUUCUUCAAAAUCUAUUUCAAGACAAGCAAGCAGCUUUUAGAGGACUGCGAGAUUUUAAAUUGACUCCAUCUGUUCACAAUGAAUGUUUACAAGAAACUCAAUCAUCAAAUACAGUGCCAAAUCUAAUGGUCUUAUGGUCAUACAAAUGCUCAAUAACCAAAGGAAUGUCUGUAAACUGCAUGGUCUGGAACAAGCGAAAUAAAGAUUUGUUAGCUGUUGGGUAUGGUUCCAAGGAUUUUCAGAAAGGAAAUAUUUGUGUAUGGUCUGUUAAAAAUUUAGAGUUUCCAGAACGUGUGUAUAAUUUAAACAGUGCAGUGACGUCAAUUGAUUUCUCAACUUUAAGUCCAAACUUUCUUGCUGUUGGUUUGUAUAAUGGAGCAAUUGCUGUCUAUAAUAUUAGAAGUGAUAAAGAUAAAGUUGUUGUAGAUAGCAGGGAUAGUGCUGGAAAGCAUGGAGCACCUGUUUGGCAACUAAAGUGGAUUUUAAAAGAUAGAGGAACUACUGAAGAUAAAGGAGAAGUCAUAGUAUCAUCAUCUGCAGAUGGACGAGUCUCUCAAUGGUCAAUUCGUAAAGGAUUAGAGUAUAUAGAUUUAAUGAGAUUAAAAAGAACCAAUACAAUAGAACAAAGUUUAAAGAAAAAAAAUGAAAAAAAAAGUGAUGCUUUGAUAUCGCGACUUGCUGCUGGAAUGUGUUUUGAUUUUCAUCCCUCUGAAGGAAACACAUAUUUAGUUGGAACAGAAGAAGGCCUUAUUCAUCGUUGCUCGUGUUCUUACAAUGAGCAGUUUCUUGAAACAUACAAAGAUCAUAAGGGUACUCUAUACAGCUUACUAUGGUCUCCAUUUGAUGAGGAUGUGUUUAUGAGUUGUAGCUCAGACUGGACUAUUCGUUUAUGGACUUUGGAAAAAACAGAAUCUAUUCUUACACUGCAGUCGUCGUCAAAAGCUGUUAUUGAGAUUGACUGGUCACCGACGUCACAUUCUUUACUAUGUGCAAUAACUGAGCAUCAAAUAGAGAUAUGGAAUCUCUGCAGUAGCACAUUAGAUCCUAUUUUAUCAGUAAAGCCUGAAAUAAGAGGUAAACUUACCUCUGUCAAGUUUGCAUUGAACUCAGAGGCAUUAUUAGUAGGCGACUCAGAAGGUAGAGUGACUGUUUAUCUCAUGCGAAAUAUUCCUGCAUCUCCGACGAAUAUUCGUUUAAAGAAUCUUUUAAAUAACAUUCAGAAAAACGCUGAAGAAGAAGAAGGAGUAGUUGUUGAGACCAAAGAGUUGAAUGAUAAAAAUACUGAUAGUUAGUUUUUACCCAUAUUCGAAAGUAUAGUUUUUAAUUGUGUUAUAAUUAUUUGAAUUGUAUUAGUUAUAUCAUUAAAAGUUUAUAUAUAUUGUUUAUAAGAUGUUGUAUAGAUGAUAUUCAAAGUAUUUUUGUAUAUUUGCUAAUUUGUGACGUCAUUAUAUGUGAACUUAAACCACUUA